AUGUCAGGCCUUCAAGCGAUUCGAUACUCGCGGGGUAAACUGGAAGUGCUCGACCAACUUAAAUUACCCCACGAGCACCACUAUGAUGAUGUUUCGACCAGUGAGGAGGCCUUCGAUAGCAUAAAAUCUAUGAGAGUUAGAGGCGCACCCGCUAUCGCAAUUGUAGCAGCACUAGCACACGGAGUCGAGUUAAAUAACGGGAGUUGCAAGGCUUCAACUACACAUGAGACGAUAUCCUACAUCGACUCGCGCCUCGAUUACCUAAAGCAAUCACGCCCAACAGCCGUAGACCUCAGUAAUGCAAUUACCCACCUCAAAAACACGAUUCGAUCCGUCGAUGUAGCCGGCAAGGAGAAUGAUACGGCGGGCCGCGACGCGAUUAUCGAAGCGUACAUAGCCGCCGCAGAAGAAAUAUUCCGUAAGGACACCGAAACCAACCUUUCUAUUGGCGAGUAUGGUAGCAAAUGGUUGCUCGAAAAUGCACCGAUCAAGUCUUCCGAUGGCAAGGUGUCCGUUCUCACGCACUGCAAUACCGGAUCGCUCGCCACGUCAGGUCAUGGAACAGCUCUCGGUAUAAUCCGUUCGUUACACUCGGGCGGCCAUCUACAGCAUGCUUUCUGCACUGAGACUCGGCCAUACAACCAAGGAAGCAGGUUAACUGCUUUCGAACUCGUAUACGAGGGUAUUCCCUCCACAUUAAUCACAGACUCGAUGGCCGGCGCCCUAUUUGCCACCAAGAAGGCUGAGAACAAUAUCGCUGCUGUCAUCGUGGGUGCAGACCGAGUGGUACGUAACGGAGACACUGCCAACAAGGUGGGGACCUAUACCCUCGCUGUGCUUGCCAAAUAUCAUGGUCUGAAAUUUAUCGUGGCGGCGCCGACGACGAGUAUCGACUUGCAAACCGAUACGGGUGCGGGGAUUAAGAUUGAGGAGCGGAAGCCGGAGGAGCUGACGCAAAUCAGCGGCGCGGUGGUAGGGAAAGAUGGAAAGGUAGACGUCACUCGUACGGAACGCGUAGCGACCGCUCAUCAAGAUAUCGGUGUAUGGAAUCCGGCUUUCGAUGUCACGCCAGCAGAGCUAAUUGAUGCCGUGGUCACUGAGCGUGGCGUUGUGGUGAAGGGCGCAGAUGGAAGCUUUGACUUCAAAGGCAUUAUACCCGAAAGAUCAGCUAAAGCAAUUUAAGAACAAGAAUUAGUACUGAAACCCGUGAAGAGAUAAUUAGACUGGCUUUCCCGUGGCGAAGAAUUAAGGACUUAGGAAUUCAACGCAAGGUAGGUACCUAGGUAGGCAUCUCCUUUGCUGGACAUCCUAUGAUAUUGUACGAAUUAGCGAAUGUGAACGAAUUAGAAGAGCCGUGCUCAAAUUCCUUCAACCCCAGACACAAACCGCU